GCGCGCGGGCCAAGAUGGCGGCCGGGAGCGCGUCGCGCUGGGUCGUGGCGGCCGCGGGGCGCGGGGCGGGGAACGCGCGGCCGCCGCUGCUGCUGCUGCUCCGCGGGCUCCGCGCCCCGCCCGCCCGCGCCCCGCGCCGCCUCCUGCUGCUCCGUGCCGGGCUCUGUGCCGCCGGGACGAAACACGCUGCCGCCGUCGCCUCCGCUGCCUUCCACAGCAGCGCGGCCCGCGCCAAGGAGGACUAUUACCAGGUGCUGGGGGUGCCCCGCACCGCCACGCAGAAGGAGAUCAAGAAGGCCUAUUACCAGUUGGCAAAGAAAUACCACCCUGACACAAACAAGGACGACCCGAAAGCGAAGGAGAAGUUCUCUCAGCUGGCAGAAGCCUACGAGGUGCUGAGUGACGAGGUGAAGAGGAAGCAGUACGAUGCCUACGGCACGGCCAGCUUCGAGGCCGGUGCGGCGGGGGCUGGGGCCGGCGCGGGGCGGCAGUACUGGAGCAGCGGCCCCUCCAUCGACCCCGAGGAGCUCUUCAGGAAGAUCUUUGGGGAGUUCUCAGGAUCCCCUUUCGGCGAUUUUCAGACUGUCUUUGACCAGCCACAGGAGUAUAUCAUGGAACUGACAUUCAACCAAGCUGCAAAAGGUGUCAACAAAGAGAUUGUGGUGAACAUCCAGGACUCCUGUGUGCGCUGUGAUGGCAAGGGACACGAACCUGGCACCAAAGCUCAGCGCUGCCACUACUGCAAUGGCACGGGCAUGGAGACGAUGAACACGGGCCCCUUCGUGAUGCGCUCCACGUGCCGGCGCUGCGGCGGCCGCGGCUCCAUCAUCACCACGCCCUGCGUAGUCUGCCGGGGCACAGGGCAGACCAAGCAGAAGAAGACAGUGAUGGUUCCUGUGCCAGCUGGUGUUGAGGACGGGCAGACAGUUCGGAUGCCUGUGGGGAAGAAAGAAAUUUUCAUUACGUUCAGGGUUCAGAAGAGCUCUGUGUUCCGACGAAACGGAGCCGAUAUCCACUCGGAUCUCCCGAUCUCAAUAGCUCAGGCCGUGCUGGGAGGCACUGCCCGGUGUCAAGGCUUGUAUGAGACAAUCAACAUCACGAUACCCCCUGGUAUUCAGCCAGACCAGAGAAUUCGAAUGAGUGGGAAAGGCAUUCCCAAGGUCAACAGCUAUGGCUAUGGAGACCACUACAUCCACAUAAAGAUAAAAGUUCCUCAGAGGCUGACGGAUCGCCAGCGAGCCUUAAUGAUGAGCUACGCUGAGGACGAGACCGACGUGGAGGGCACCGUGAACGGGGUCACCAACACAGCCUCAGGAAAGCGUUCUACUGGGAACUAGGAGCCAGCAGCAGCAGGUCAUCCGGGCAGUUGGGGGUGAAUCUUUCUGGCAGCCAGGCUCUGGAGAACACAGGAUGUCAGUCAGCAGCACAGCAAGAAUCCCAGCUGGAGAGGCCAUGGACCACCAAGGCACCAACACAAACCCCACCCACUGUCCUAAUAAAUGGCAGUGAAGGAAAACACCAGCUUAGCAGAAGUGUGGCUCUCUGGAGGCUGCUCCACAACCCUACUGCUGCUGGAAGCUUAUUUGGUAAAAGCUAAAGGUGAAGUAUUAUUUAGAAUCCAAACUAGAGGAAAUGUGAAAUAAAUAGUCCAGCACAGAGCAGCAGUUUGCUGUAUGGAGGCCAAGCCCACCAGCUCCUCACUCAGGUGCCCUUUGGAAUGCCAGGUGUGCUUGGUGAACUCUCCAGGAGACUUGGUGGAUCAGGAAGGUCUAACCUUGUCUUCACGACAGCCCUGCUGCCCUGCACAGCUCCAAGUAGCUGGGAGUUGUCUGAGCCCAGCUGGCCUGGCUCCCUCACAGCCCUGGGCUUUCUCUAUCCUGCUGAUUGCCUGCACAGAGCAGUGAUGGAAUCUGCACUUUGUCUCAAGUUUAUCCCCCAAAUAACUAAAGUUACCACACAACUGCUGUUGCUUCUGGACUGGUACAAGUCGAUCACUGAGCCCUUUGCCAGUUGGGGACAAAAAUCUUUUAUUACUUUAGUGCAACACCCGUAGCGUAAAGGAUUGGUCAAAGCAUUGUUGUUUUACUUGUGUGAGAGUGCAAGUGAGGUGGAUCACUCCUUCCAGAUGGAGCUGAGCUCUUGCAGUGAGUAUUCCAUGGUUACUGUAGCCUGCUGUGUUUGUGAUACUGUGCAGGUACCAUCAGCCCACAUACUAAUCAGUUCAACACCAGUUAAACAGGGACAUGCUGUAGUCUUGCCCUUCUUAAUUUGCUGAAAUAAAGCACGUGUUGCCUCCUGAUUAAACUUCUGUAAAGUGAUUCUGUACCCAUGUAAAUAAGAUGGACUUCAUAAAGAUAUUUAACACGU